UUUUGCACUGAUCCCCAAAACACGCGUUGAAGUAUUGCUGAAGUGCGGCGCAAAGUAAAGUUUAAAUGCCAACGCUUACGACGUCAGGAGCCGGAGAAUAAACAAGGUUUGCUCACGUGUGACUUCGCACCUCCGCGCCGUGGCGCAUGGAGACACUUGGCGCAGCGUCAAAAGUCCAAUUUGGCGCUCGGGUCCGGCCCGGCCCCUGGGCGCCUUAAAUAGCUGCCACCCCACAUCGCAGCAACACAACCGCUUGAGACCACCGAGACCACCACCACCACCACCACCUUCAGCAUCAUCACUCCGCUUUUGCCAACAUGAACCCUCGCGGUGGAUUUAAUCUUUCGCUGCCUCACAACAACGACGCGAACCAGCAGUCCGACGUGUGGAGACCGUGGAUUAGAACCGAGGCGACAGCUUCCAGGGCUCCUUUCAACCCUGCUGAAACGCAGCCCAAACCGGCCCUUUUCGUUCACCCAGUCAAGUUGUACUGGCCCAAAACCAAAUGCUUUGACUAUUUGUACCGCGAAGCCGAGAUGCUCCUUCGGAACUAUCCGGUCCAGGCCACCAUCUGCCCCUGUGAAGACUCUUCGUCCAGCGAGGACGACACCGAGGAAGAAGAGGAGGAUGACUACGAUGAUGAUGAAGAGGACGAGGGGCUAGAGAUGGCGAGGGAGCUCAACUAAAAAGUUUCUAAAAGUAAAUGUGCAUACUGUAUUAAUAUAUUUCCCAUUACUAUUUAUUUUUGUAAAUAACUGUAAAUAGAACCUUCGCCAUUUUUUGAUAUCAAACAAAAAAAUGCUUCUAAAUUAUUUUGUCAACGUUU